AGUCACGCGCGCUACAAGUGCAGAGCAGGUGACUCUGGCAACAGGUGAGACUUCAUCAAUUGUCAUCAAACUCAAAAUUUCCAGUAAAAUGUGCGACUGCAACGAAUCCCCUUUCGCCAAACUGCGCGAAAGUUGGUCGCGCCACUUCACCCUUACCACCAAAGGCCAAGGCCAGUGCUCGCACUCAGAACCGCCCCUCAAUUGCCCGACCAAAGGCAAGUUUGGGGUGGCCUACAUUAUAGAAACCCCCACGCGAAAGUGCAGACCCUGCGGAUGGGAGGUGGAGUUCAACGACACCCCUUCGCAAAUCGACACCAACUGCAAGAAGAUGAUGCAAUGGAUCACAUGCCCCCCUUUAGGAGACUACCCCAACUGUUGCUGCUCCAGCACCCCCAAAGAGACUCUAAGGGCGGUACGCCAAAUGUGCUGCAAAUGUGCUAGGGAGAAACAGGACAGCAGCGGCGACUGCUGUUGUCGCAAACCAGUGGAGAAGAAAUGUUGCUGUUCGAAGCAACCAGAGCACCGUUGUUGUAGAGCAAAGCAAGGCCAGCAGGUCUACUUGGAGUCUAAAAUCCAGUGCCGCCAUUGCCGCGCCCACUCAAACGCCAAGCCACGCCCCUGCCAGCCUCUGGACAACGAAGAGCAGUGCUGCUGCAACAAAACAACCACUUCUCCCAAGUGUUGCGACAGCGACAGCCAAUCCUCUUUAGAGGACUGUUGCUGCCGCAAGAAGCAGCCCAAGAAAAAGUGCCCUUGCAACAAAGCGCCGAGGCGAGGGCAGAAGCAGAAGGCAACCACAACCACUGUCCCCCAAGUGAAAGAUGUGGGGCAGCAGUCAAAAAACUCCCAUAGCCCCCUAUCGGAGCAGCCGAAACCAAGAGCUACUCCAAGAUCACCCUAUACAAUCAGCUUGCCUAAAGAACCCAAGAAAGGGCCGGACAAGGAGGAGACUUUUCACGAAGAGCUUGCUAGGCGAGUGAAGGAACUGGAGGAAGUUGAAACGUUAAAGCAGCUAGAAGAGAUUCCGGUGAAUGUUACAGACUACGAAAACCCGAUGGAAGAGAAGAUAUCCGAAGAGACAAUAGCUGUUGAGCCUCUAGUCAAAGCAAAGCGCCCCAAAGCAAAAAUCAAACGCAAAGCCCUAUUGAGGAUGAUCAAGGAAGGGCGCAGACGGGAAACAGAGGCAAUCCGUCCCAAGCCCCCUACAGCGAAGGUUGUGGUAAAGCCGCAAGACCCCAUUCCAAGAAAAGUGAAGAAGGUCCCCCGGAAAGCCCUACUGAGGAUGAUUAAGGCUGAGCGCAAAAAAACCCUGAAUGUCAUCCAUCCCCACUAAGUUCCUGAAAUAAAUGAUCGUUGUGUUCGCUUACCCCUAUGCAUUCGGGAGCCCUUGUAGUAGAGGAGCUUGCCCAGCUGGCCCAUGCCUUUCUCCCCAGUGCACAAGCAGCGAAAGUUUUCUGCGGUUUUUGGGGCCACAUCAAGGAACAACUUGAUGAUCACUCGCCCAGCUGAAAAGACAUUCGAACGUUAUUAAUUAGAUAGAGUUAGGGGGGUACAUAAAUUAAAGGUAAAUAGUGCAGUGAAGCACAAAUGUGGCGUAUAUGCACUCACCAGGAACUUGGUUGAAGGCAAAAUCCAGAAACACGAAACAGUCACCUUUGGCCAUUUAGCAGGGCUUCAGAGGGCUGUUUGGUUUGAAAAGUGCGAUUUUGGCAAGGUUAAAGAUGUUUGUGAUUGACAUCUAGAAGUAAAUAUGUCACUUUCAUAGUUUCAUAAACAGUGACUGUCACUUUGACUGUUAAUAGGAGAAGGACAGAGAAUGUGAGAAAGCUGUCUCACAUUCGCUCGGUACUUGUUGCUGGCGUUUGCUGGCACAUUUUAGGUUAUCCUUUUGUUUAUUUUGCCCAGUGGUUUUAAAUAAGAAACUCACCGCUUUUACCUCUGCCCCAAUAGAUGCCCAGAAUUGCCGCCAAGUCAAGAAAAGUAUCCUUUUAUUUUCCGAAUGCAAUAUUUCAAGGAACUUAUUAAUAACGUGAAACUUACAACGGCCAUGUAUUUCAGGCCGCCCGUGGAACUCUGUAUCCUUUUACCUGCUCAUUGCAUGCUGCUUACAUUAACACUCUAAGGGACAUAUUAAUAGCGUGAAACUUACAACGGAUUUUGGAACUUUAGGCUUGAUAUUGUGGAACUUCCUGCAAAACUUGCUAAACGAGCCGUGGAAGCAGUACUGCGAUGUGAUUCGUUGGCUGGACGAAGACCAAGGAGUUUUCAAAAUAGUCGACGCUCCCACACUGGCUAGGCUCUGGGGCAAUACCAAGAAUAUCCCCAAUAUGUCUUACGAGAAGAUGUCCAGAUCGAUGAGAAAUUACUACAAGAGUAACAAGAUGAGAAAAGUGCCGGGGCAAACAAAAGUUUAUCAGUUCAUAUUUAGCCAGAAGAACCCCCCACAUGUUGCAACUGACAAACCUAGCAGGAGCUCUUAUUGUCCAAAACAAGUAGAGAGAAAUGCAGGAACUGGUGGUAUCUUCUAGUGAAACUACGGCUGUUUCUACAGGAUUAAAUAAACAAAUAUAUUUUAUUCUUUGUUAA